AUGAGGAGGAGAUCUUGCUAUGGAAUUGUCCAGGUUCCCACUGGCCCCUGGUUCUGUCGGAAAUGUGAAUCUCAGGAGAGAGCCGCCCGGGUGAGAUGUGAACUGUGUCCCCACAAAGAUGGAGCCCUGAAACGGACCGACAACGGAGGGUGGGCCCAUGUUGUCUGUGCUCUGUACAUCCCUGAGGUGCAGUUUGCCAACGUGCUCACCAUGGAGCCCAUUGUCCUGCAGUACGUUCCCCACGACCGCUUCAACAAGACCUGCUACAUCUGUGAAGAGCAGGGCAGGGAGAGCAAAGCAGCCUCUGGAGCCUGCAUGGCCUGCAACAGGCACGGCUGCCGACAGGCUUUCCAUGUCACCUGUGCCCAGAUGGCUGGCCUUUUGUGUGAAGAGGAAGUCCUGGAAGUUGACAAUGUCAAAUAUUGUGGCUACUGCAAAUACCACUUCAAUAAAAUGAAGACCUCACGUCACUCUGGAGGUGGCUCCUUCAUCGCUGGAAGAAGGAGUCGAUCCACAUCCCCAGCCCAAGAGAAGCACGUGUCCCACCACGAGAGGCCAAAGAAGAGUCGGAAGGACAAGGAAAGACCUAAACAGAAGCACAAAAAGCGGCCGGAGUCGCCCAGCAGCCUCACCCCCCCCUCCCUGCCCAGCGCUGCAGAGAAGGGCCCCCCUGGCCACCAUGAGGGGAGCAAAGAGACCUCGGAGGUCGGCAGGUCGGAGGUGAAAGGCAAGAAGUCCUCAAGCCAUGGCAGCAGCCACAAGGGGAAGAAGACGGGAAGUGGGAAAAGCUCCGUUGGCUUCAGCUCAGCUUCAUCCAGCGGCACCUUCCAGCCUGCAGGUACCUCCUGCAGCACCUUGCAGUGCCCCCAGGACUUUGUGACAUUUCCCAAGCUCGAGCAGGACGACGAGAAGUACCGGAAACCUGUCUCUUCCUCCUCUUCUUCCCACUGCUCCCCUCUGUAUGAAGGCCAGAAGGGGGACAUCUUUGAGCAGAAGGUGAUCUUCUCGGGCUUUGGCUCCAUCAUGCGCUUCUCCACCUCGGCUGUGAGCCAGCAGAGAGCCCGGGAUGCUUCCCCUGUGGACUAUAAAGCCUCCAACCCUGGCAGUGGCCCCUCGGUGGGGACCAGUGGGACCAGUGGCAGCAGCAGCAGCCCGUCCCUCAGCAUGGAGGAGGGAGAGGUGCUGAAGGAGAAGAAGCACAAGGGUAGCAAGAAGAACAAGCACGGGCCUGGCAGGCCCAAAGGGGGCAAAAGCAAAGAGAUUUUGGGUGCCCAGCUGGCUGGGUCCACCUCUACUUCUUCAUCACCCUUCUCUGGGGGUUCUCUUGUGAGCUCCAGCAUCAGCAACUCUUCCCGGUCCUUCAGCCACACUGGGAACCUGCCCAGCCUCAGCAUGGAGUCCCCACUGCUGGGUUCAGGGAUCUACACCAGUAACAAGGACCCUAUUUCCCACGGGGGCGGAGUCCUCCGCGCUGUGUGCAGCACCCCGCUCUCCUCCAGCCUCCUGGCACACCAGGGAACCUCCUCCCUGCCCCAGCUCAACCGCUCUCCCUUUGCCAGCACCAUCCCAGCCUCCUCAUCCUCCGUCUCCACCACGCAGGUGUUCUCCCUGGCAGGUUCAACAUUUAGCCUCCCUUCCUCACACAUCUUUGGGAGCCCCCUCACCUCUGGGCUGUCCAUCAACCCCCUCCUGAAUCAGUCGGAGAGCAGCCGGGCAGGUAGGUCCCCCAUCAGCAGCCUGCCCACCCUCUUCGACCAGACGGUGUCGUGCAGCAGCAGUGGGCAGCUGGAGAAUGUCCCCCAGGCCACCCCAAACAUCGAGCAGCUCCUGGAGAAGCAGGGCAAUGGGGAGGCUGGCGUCAACAUUGUGGAGAUGCUGAAAGCCCUGCACUCGCUGCAGAAGGAGAACCAGCAGCUCCAGGAGCAGAUCAUGACACUGACAGCCAAGAAGGAGCGUCUGCAGCUCCUCAACGUCCAGCUCUCUGUCCCUUUCCCCGUGGUGACCAGUAGCAAUGGCCCGGGCAGCCAGGCCCAGUACAUCCUGCCUGCCAACGUCUGCAACAACGAUUCCCUGAGCAUCAGCAAGAGCCCCCCGUGCAAGAACAGCUUUGGGAUCGAGAACUCGCUCUCCACUUCCUCUGAGGACCCUCACUCAGGUUGUCCCAGCAGGAGCAGCUCUUCCCUGUCCUUCCACAGCACCCCUCCACCCCUGCCCAUGCUGCAGCAGAGUCCUGCCUCCUUACCCCUGCCCGGGGUGCAGCAGGUGAAUGGCCUGGCCAGGGUGGCAGGCAGCGGGCUGGGGGGAGGCACCACUGCCAGCCACAGCCUCUCCACGGUGCCCAUGGUGGACGGCCUGAUGGGCACCCUGGCAGGAGGUCAGCAGGUGCCCAUCAACGGGAUCCUGGGGAACCUGAACGGAGCUCAGGCUGCCCAACCUCCAGCCCAGGCGACCGGCCCGCCCACCUUGCAGCUCUCCAGCAGCCUGAGCAGCGUGCCCAGCCUGAGCCCCCUGACCGAGCAGCAGCGACACGUCUUGCACCAACACGAGCAGCAGAUCCAGCAGCUCCAGCAGCUCCUGACUUCCCAGCCUCUUAAUCUGGAGCAGCAGGCCCUGGUGUUCCAGAUGAUGCAGCAAAUCCAGCAGAAGAGGGAGCUGCAGAGGCUGCAGAUGACCAGCUCAUCCCAGCUGUCCAUGAGCAGCCUCCUGGCAGCCACCUCUGCCCCCCUGCACUCCAGCCCCAGCACCCUGAUGACCUCGGCCCCCCAGCACCCCCCCAGCAGCAGCUCCCUCAUGGCCUCCCUGUCCCCCCAGCAGCUCAAGCAUAGCAAUGCCCUCAUGGCCCCCCAGGCCACCCCGCCACUCAGUGCUCCUGGAAGCAGCCUCCUGGCCUCGGGGACAGGCAUCCCCCCCGUCCUCACAGCACAGACUAACCCCUUCCUCAACCUGCAGGCUGAUGGCAACACCCCGAAAGGCACGAGCAUGAAUGACAAGGGAGCUCCUCUCACCCAGGACAAGGGCUAA